UGAUUCUGAGACCACGCCCAUUUGUUUAUAGUCUUCAGCAACACAGCGGAUCGCAGAAGAGUAUUCGCAGUCCUCGAUUCUUAAUAAUUCCUCCGAGAGUUUCCACUUCGAGUUGUUAGCUUCACCACUGAGUUAAAAUGGUGGACUACAGCAAGUGGAAGGACAUCGAAAUUUCUGAUGAUGAAGACGACACCCAUCCAAAUAUUGACACACCAUCGUUGUUUAAAUGGAGACAUGAAGCUAGAGUGCAAAGAAUGGAGGAAGAGAAGAGGGAGCAAGAGAGGCUCGCAAAAGAGAAAGCAGAGUUUGAAAAAAAAUUAAAAGCGUCAAGCGAAAGUCCGAGCGCAUUUGCACUAAAACAGUUAGAAGCUGAACGAAAGAAAAUUGAAGAAUUGGAGCUGGAUGUAAAGAAAAAGGAAAAACUACGCCCCUGGAAUGUUGACACGAUCAGCACGUCUGGAUUCAGCAAAACUGUCAUUAACAACCCUCCACCGAAAAAAGAAGAGGAGCCACUGAGCGAGGAGGAGCAGGCUAAACGAUUGAAGGAAUUCACUGCUAAAUACGAGAGUCUUUUGAAGAAGUACGGUAUGCUACGCCGAUUCGAAGACAGCAAGAAAUUUUUGACGGAAUACCCUCAGUUGGUGUGCGAAGACACCGCCCAUUAUCUGCUGAUCUGGUGCAUCAACCUGGAGAUGGAAAGCAAAAGCAGUUUGAUGGAGCACGUCGCUCACCAGUGCAUUUGCAUGCAGUUCAUCAUGGAGCUGGCCAAGCACAUGAAAGUUGACCCGAGGGCUUGCGUGCCAGCGUUCUACAAGAGAAUGGAGAGCUCUGAAGCUGAAUACUUGGCAAGUUUCAACGACGAACUUAACAGUCUGAAGGAGAGGAUCCGCACCAGGGCCAAGCAGAAGCUGCAGCUAAUCAUGGAGGAGAUAGAGGAGGAAGAACGACAGAAGCGGCUUGGACCAGGUGGCCUAGAUCCAGUGGAGGUGUUUGAGUCUCUUCCGAAAGAGCUGCAAGAUUGCUUUGACAGGAAGGACAUCCCCAUGUUGCAGCAGGUACUGAGUACCAUGCCUGAGGAGGAAGCCAAGUAUCAUCUGAAGCGAUGCAUCGACUCUGGAAUGUGGGUUCCUGAUGGAAAGAAAAAGGAAGCAGAGGAGGCUGUCAAGGUCCCAUCCAGCUCUGCUACUGAUGAUGGUCCAGAUGUUGAUUAACUUAACUAUCAAGACAAAAUGUAUGCUUUUGCAAGCAUUUCUUUUCUUAUUAAUUGCGUCAAAAUAAGAGUUAGUUUCACUGUUGUAAAUAUGUUUAUGGAAUUAUUAAAAUAAAAUUGAUGCCAUUUAUUAAA